AUGUAUUCAUCAACGGAGACUUCGACGUCGACUGAGAACAAGAUGUACUACCAACAUCACCAGCUGAAGAAGAUGAAGCAAGGGCGGAACGAGCGCAUCCGCAAUUUCACGCGGCGCAUCGACGCCGCCUUCAUGGAAGCCUACGGAUGUCGUGAUUUUCCCGAUCCCGAUUUCAAUUUAUUCCGCCGCGGAGUCAAAAAGGAUGUCCUGGUCAGGGGUAUGCAGCGAUCCGUCUGGAGGGAACUGCACUCGUCCUACCUGUUUGAACACAUCACCGACGAGGAAGUGUCGUGGCACGAUUUGUGCGAGGCCGCCCAGAAUUCCGAAUGGAUUGUCGAUCUGAUGCGCAUCGGCUCUUCCCGCUACGUCAAUCCGCCGGCCGUUUCCGACAAGUUACUCCACUCGUUCAGCAUCAACCGCAACGGAUUCGUUCGCGUCUACACCGACGGCAUCUGCCUCCAGAAAGGACAUCCGGACGCUCAGGCUGGAAUUGGCGUCUGGUUUGGCCGCAACCACCAACUAAAUCUGAGCGAGCCGCUAGACGACCGAGACGACACUUCGAAAAGUGCAGCAGAAGUCAGAGCUGCCAUUGAGGCUAUUAAAAUCGCAAAGGCCUGGGGGAUCGGCCGCAUGGCCAUCCACACCGAGUCAAAAUACCUGCGCAACGUCAUCGAAAAUCUAAUUUUUUACUGGAUGGACAACGGUUGGAGGAAGACGACUGGCAAUUUAAUCAAACACCGGAAAUUGUGGCGUGAACUCCUCUUCACCCUGGAAGAAAUGGAUGUCGAAUGGAAAUAUCUCAAAGGGCCCGGAAUCUACGAUGAUGGAUCGUCUGCCGCCAAACGACUGGCUCGUGAGGGAGCCGAACGCUAUUAA